UCACUUUCCAGUGUGAAACAACAGGGGGCGGUAUGCACCUUCUCAGUCAUGGCUGCAACCGCCUUACCACUCCAAAGAAGAGCUCCGUCCAAGCUAGAAUGGCAAAUGACAAGACUCCCCUGGGACAACUCAGAGACCUGGUGGAGCUGAAGGACCAGCUAGAGGACAUCCAGAAGCGUAUGGAAGAUGAGAUACAUGCCGGGGUUCCUGCUGGUGGAAGUCUGCUGGCUUCUCCUUUCCUGAAGGGCUUUCUGGCCGGGUACAUCGUCGCAAGGUUCCGAUCAUCUGCUCUGCUGGGCGUGGCGAUAGGAGCCUGUACUGGAAUCUAUGCGGCACAGAACUACAAGAUUCCCAAUGUUGAAAACACUGUCAAAGACUACAUAAGCAACCUGAAAGGAAGACGCUAACGGAAAAGAUAUCAGAACGAAAGUGGAUGAGAGGAAAAGGCGCCUUAAGCAACAUAUUGCAGGAGAUUUGGUAUCUAAACAGGACAUAUUCAUUUUGGUUUUUAGUUGGUUGAUUGUCCUGGUUUGUUUUUCUUCCUAGCUCGCAGUUUUAACUUGUAUGCACUUUUUGCAGGACACAUGCAUCCCUGCAGCUGUCCCUAUAGGUCAACUUUGAACUUGAGAGGUUUGUAUGUACAGACUUGCACCUUUACAGUUAUGAUUAUGAAGAGUCAUUAAGUCAUUUUUCUAUGCGUACAAAUCACUGUUAAUAAAAAAGGACAUAUUGAUGCUAUGCAAAUUGAUACCAAUAGAGUUUGCAAAUUCAGCAGUUUAUAAAGAUAGAAAACUAUUUAAGCCAAAGUUGAAAUUUUGUUAAUUUGUUGUAGAAAUACUGAAAAAAAAAAUUGUGCCUUGUCUGCUGUGGUGUGCAAUUGAAUUCCCUCAUGGGAUUGUGUUACUUAUUGUAACAUGCUGGAAUCUAGUUUCUAUCACACACUUGUUGGGAUUUAUUUUCAUUUGGACCAGAAAGUCUUGGUAUUAUUUCUUAACUGGAACUCAGAAAGGUUUUAUUUUUUUCUCUGCAUGCUCAUUUUGUUUACAAUAAGAAUAUUUUUAUAAUUUUCUGGGCGAUGGUGCUGCAUCUCACUCUGCAUUGUUUUAAAUAAAUGGGUACAUUCACUUUAAA